AUGCGCAUGCGCUGAGAGUCGACACCGCGCAGCUGCGAAUACACGACAGUGCUCUUCAAACGCAUUGUGAGACAUGGCUGAGGACAGAAACGGUCUAAACACGCCUCCUGCGCUCAGCAGCAUCGACACAUCCCCAGCCAUUGAAAGUUCGGAUGAGGAUUCGCCUUUUCCGUUGGACCUUUAUCGGACUUCUGAUGGAACUUGGAAUGUCGAUUGGACCCUGCAAGACAGCCUGGCCUUCAGCACACCCUGGUACUAUGGGCACAGCGACACGACCGACAACGCAAGCAUGGCCUUCCAGCCUCCGAUGUCGAGCGCCAGCGUCGUUGAUUUCAUACCCAGCACAAGCCAUGGUGUCAAGCAGGAAACGCCAGAUCUGCCAGGAAACGACGAUAGAUUGUACAUGCUACUACCACCGACAGAGAUGCGAGAGAUAGCGGGAACAUCACUGUUCAAGAAGACGGGUGGCAGUAAUAACAUAUCGGUGUUAAGUACGAGCAGCGCACCAAUUCAACAGCAUAAUGCUAGCAGUGCUACUGGCUCCACGCAAUGGAAACAGCGCAAGGACGGUGUCCGUGGCGAAGUCAACCGCGUCAAGAAACCACCAAGGGAACGACGCCACACAUGCGAGAUAUGCGACAAAUCAUUUCAAUGGGACAGUCAUCUCGUGAACCAUCGCCGUACUCAUACGGGCGAGAAACCCUACCAAUGCGAGACAUGCACCCAAUGCUUUGCCGAGUCGGGAGCUCUUCGUAGACAUCAACGCACGCAUACAGGCGAGAGGCCGUUUAAAUGCGAAAUAUGUGGUUAUUCAUUCCCAACACGCUACCAUCUUCAAAGACAUCGACGAAUGCAUACAGGCGAGAGGCCGUUUAAAUGCGAAAUAUGUGGUCAUUCAUUCCCGACAGGCUACCGUCUUCAAAGUCAUCGACGAACGCAUACAGGCGAGAGGCCGUUUAAAUGCGAAAUAUGUGGUCAUUCAUUCCCGACAGGCUACCGUCUUCAAAGUCAUCGACGAACGCAUACAAGCGAGAGGCCGUUUAAAUGCGAAAUAUGUGGUCGUUCAUUCACGGCAUUCAGCUCUCUUCAAAGACAUCGACGAACGCGCACAGACCGUGGACUCUGUAAGCCUCCCGCGCAAAGAAAGCAUCACAGUCACUUCGAGAAGUGAUAUAUCAAUUAGUAACUCCACUGUCGUACAGGCGUGUGCGCUUCACUAGCGAAAUGAGCAUGGAAUCCAUCCUGUACACAAAAGAAAUGUUUCUACGUGUCCACCUUAAUCGCGUGAAUGAACCUCCAUUGCAGUCUGCACACUGCAGUCUUGCGGUGCAGUUAUUUUUAUUUUUAAAGUGUUUUUUAACUUACCUCUUUCCUUAUGUGUCAUGCAUACGCGUGCUCUCGUAGCAGCCUAAUCGUACUUGCAUAAGUCAAUUUUAUAGCUCAACUUUUAUUUCAAGACGUGAGAAAGAAGCGGUGCAGUACAAAGAAUACUGCCUUUCUUUCUUGAAAAUAAAACAAAAAUGAUUAAAACCCCGUGUGUGAGAUGUCUGCUUCUCGUCUCGUGACAAAGAGCUGUAAUGGACGCACGUAGUUAAGCAAUAUUAUCUGGCUUUUGGAAAUCACGAGAAUAAACGUCAUCGCCUCAAGUAUUUAGUGUGGUCUAAUGGAGAAGAAUUUUGGAGAUCCUUCCCUGUGUUUGCCUUUCGGAUACAUAGCUAUGUUCAUUGACGGGGCCAUACCAGGGAUGUCUCUAGGGAAACCCAAAUUGACUGCACUUGGUGUGUUGUGUGAAAUCAUUCAGUUGAAAUAGCCGCACAGAAACCUCUGCGAGAUGUAAUUAGCCAUUCGCGCUGUGAAGCUUGGUUGAAUUGCUUGUGUGCCAUAAUUACUAUCGCGAUACA